GAAUUAGUGAAUUACCUUCUCCAACUUAUAUGAGGUUUCCCAAAUCAUUUUCUCUAUAAAUACGCGAAGCCUUGCAACAAAGUAAAGCUGGUAGGCCUGAAACCCUCACUAUUUCGGAAAGAUGGCUACGUUUAUUCGGAGGCUUACAAAAUCUGGCGUUGGUGCAUUCUCUCACAAAUUCCAAACUCAAUCACGAGCUCCUAUUGGUGCGAUCGCUGCCAUUUGCGGUGGAUUAUCUUACUUCUACUACUUCGAUUCCCCAAAUUUGGUUCAUAUGGAUAAAAUCAAUGAUGAAUCUCGGCAGCAAGUUGCGCUUAAUCCUGAUAAGUGGGUAGGAUUUAAGCUUCAAGAGAAGGCAAAGGUCAGCCACAACACGCAGUUGUUCAGGUUUUCAUUUGAUCCUAGUGCGAAAUUGGGUCUUGAUGUUGCGUCAUGCCUCAUCACAAGGUACCCAUUACCACCAGACACAGAAGGGAAAACAAAAUACGUCAUUCGCCCGUACACCCCUAUAUCAGAUCCUGAUGCAAAAGGACACUUUGAUUUGUUAAUUAAGAUUUAUCCGGGUGGGAAAAUGAGUCAGCAUUUUGCAAGCUUAAAACCUGGAGAUAUAGUUGAAGUAAAGGGGCCCGUUGAAAAGCUCCGAUAUACGCCAAAUAUGAAGAAACAUAUAGGAAUGAUUGCAGGUGGCUCAGGCAUCACUCCAAUGCUUCAAAUAAUUGAUGCUAUCCUAAAGAAUCCUGAAGACAAAACGAAGAUUUCGUUGAUAUAUGCUAAUGUAUCCCCAGAUGACAUACUACUUAAGAAGAAACUUGAUGUGCUUGCAGAUAGCCAUCCAAAUUUGAAGAUUUAUUAUACCGUGGAUAAGCCAUCAGAGAACUGGACUGGAGGUAAAGGAUACAUAACAAAGGAUAUGGCUGUGAAAGGCUUGCCUGGUCCCAGCGAAGAUUCUCUUAUAUUGGUAUGUGGUCCUCCUGGGCUGAUGAAUCAUAUAUCCGGUGACAAGGCAAAAGACCGUUCACAAGGCGAGCUCACUGGAAUACUCAAAGAACUUGGAUAUACCGAGAAUAUGGUUUACAAAUUUUGAUAGUGAUGAAAAAUUUCCUUUUGAGACUUUGAAAGGUUGUAAAUUUGUCUAUACCUUUUUUUGCUAGUGUCACUCAUAUGGGCCAGAUGCUGGUGUGCAUCUAAUAAUAUAGAUACAGAUUCAUGUCCUUGAACACAUGAGAAUUUAGAGAUUUUCUUUGGCUAUGACCAAUCUUUAUGCCUGUGAUAAUUUAAUUUUUUUUUUUGUGAAAGAUAAAUUGUGUAAUGAAUCGAAGUUUAUAAGCAGUUAUUGGUGAUUCAGUUGCCACAUUGUCA